UCAUUUGUUUAGGCAGUAGGGAGUUUCUGCUAGGGUCUGGAUUGGAGUUACACACAGACCGGACCCUGCCGUGUAUGAGUGGUGUCUGAGGAGAAAAAGAGGAUUUCCCCUGCCGCAAAGAAUCUACAUGUCUAAUAUUUAGACAUGUUCAGCUUUGUGGAUAUUCGGUUAGCGCUCUUGCUCAGCGCAGCAGUGCUUCUGGCCAGGGCUCAACAAGGUGAAGUUUAUAACGAAGGGUGCAAAUCAGGUGACCAGCUCUACAGCGACAAAGAUGUAUGGAAACCAUCGCCCUGCAAGAUCUGCGUCUGUGAGAAUGGAGAGCCCUUAUGCGACGACGUGAUAUGUGAGGACACAUCCGAAUGCGCUGAUCCCAUCAUCCCCCCGGGAGAGUGUUGCCCUAUCUGCCCUGACGAUUACGAUGGACCCCAGGUUCCAGGAGACUUUGAGCCAGAAAAGGGAGACGUUGGCCCCAAGGGAGACAGGGGUCCUCCUGGUCCUCCUGGAAACGAUGGACUCGAUGGAGAGCCUGGUCUCCCUGGACCACCUGGCCCUCCUGGCCCCCCUGGCCUUGGCGGAAACUACUCUCCUCAGAUGAGCUUUGCUGACCCCUCUAAAGGUGUAGGCCCACCUAUCCCUGGCCCAAUGGGUCCUAUGGGUCCUCGUGGUCCUCCUGGACCCUCUGGCUCCUCUGGCCCUCAGGGUUUCACUGGACCCCCUGGAGAGCCUGGUGAGCCCGGAGCAUCUGGUCCCAUGGGUCCCCGUGGUCCUGCUGGCCCCCCUGGAAAGAAUGGAGAUGAUGGUGAGCCCGGCAAAUCUGGUCGCCCCGGUGAGCGUGGAGCUGCUGGCCCUCAGGGUGCUCGUGGAUUCCCCGGAACCCCUGGACUCCCCGGCAUCAAGGGACACAGAGGUUUCAACGGUCUGGAUGGAUCUAAGGGAGACGCUGGACCUGCUGGCCCUAAGGGAGAGGCUGGUUCCCCUGGUGAGAACGGUAUCCCUGGCGCCAUGGGUGCCCGUGGACUUCCUGGUGAGAGAGGCCGCCCCGGAGCCCCUGGCCCUGCUGGUGCUCGUGGUAAUGAUGGCAACACUGGUCCUGCUGGGCCUCCUGGCCCUACUGGACCUUCUGGGGCCCCUGGAUUCCCCGGUGGUGCUGGUGCUAAGGGAGAGACCGGUCCUCAGGGAGGCCGUGGACCCGAGGGUCCCCAGGGAGCCCGGGGUGAGCCUGGUAACCCAGGACCCGCUGGAGCCGCUGGACCUGCCGGUACCCCUGGAUCUGAUGGUUCUCCUGGUGCUAAGGGUGCUCCUGGUCCUGCUGGCAUUGCUGGUGCUCCUGGUUUCCCAGGUGGUCGUGGUCCUGCUGGAGCUCAGGGAGCUGUUGGUGCUCCUGGUGCCAAGGGUAACAAUGGUGACCAUGGCCCCCCUGGUCCUAAGGGAGAGCCUGGUGCCAAGGGAGAGCCUGGCCCCGCUGGAGUUCAGGGACUUCCUGGACCCUCUGGUGAGGAAGGAAAGAGAGGACCCCGUGGAGAGCCUGGUGGUGCUGGACCCCGUGGACCCGCUGGAGAGCGUGGUGCCCCUGGUGCUCGUGGUUUCCCUGGUACUGAUGGAGGUGCUGGUGGCAAGGGAGCCCCUGGUGAGCGCGGUGCCCCCGGCCCAGCGGGAGCUCAGGGAGCCACUGGUGAGUCUGGAACCCCUGGCGCACCUGGUGCACCCGGACCCAAGGGUAUGACCGGUAGCCCUGGAAGCCCUGGCCCUGAUGGCAAAGUUGGACCUUCUGGUAAUCCUGGACAAGAUGGCCGCCCUGGACCUCCAGGCCCUGCUGGAUCCAGAGGACAGCCUGGAAUUAUGGGAUUCCCCGGACCAAAGGGAACCAGCGGUGAUGCUGGUAAGCCUGGUGAGAGAGGUGCUGCUGGUGCUUCUGGCCCUGUUGGUGCUCCUGGCAAAGAUGGUGAUGUUGGUGCUCCUGGACCUUCUGGCCCUGCUGGACCUGCUGGAGACAAGGGUGAGCAGGGACCUGCUGGUUCUGCUGGAUUCCAGGGUCUUCCUGGGCCCCAAGGUGCUACUGGUGAGACUGGCAAGCCUGGUGAGCAGGGUGUUCCCGGUGAGGUUGGACCCCAUGGCCCAUCUGGACCAAGAGGUGACAGAGGUUUCCCUGGUGAGCGUGGUGCUCCUGGUGGUAGCGGCCCUGUUGGACCACGUGGCUCUCCUGGCCCUGCUGGAAACGAUGGACCUAAGGGAGAGCCUGGUGCUGCUGGUGCACCCGGUGGUCUUGGAGCCCCUGGAAUGCAGGGAAUGCCUGGUGAGCGUGGAGCCUCUGGUCUCCCCGGCUCCAAGGGAGAGAGAGGUGACCAUGGUGCCAAGGGAGGUGAUGGUGCCCCUGGCAAAGAUGGCGCCCGUGGCUUGACUGGACCCAUUGGAGUCCCUGGACCUCCUGGUGCACAGGGUGAGAAGGGUGAGGGUGGUGCUGUUGGAGUUGCUGGUCCCACUGGUCCUCGUGGUGCCCCUGGUGAGCGUGGAGAGACUGGCCCUUCUGGACCUGCUGGAUUCGCUGGACCUCCUGGUGCUGAUGGUCAGCCUGGUGCCAAGGGAGAGACUGGUGACUCUGGACCCAAGGGAGACGCUGGUGCUCCUGGACCUGCUGGACCUGUUGGUGGUGCUGGUCCUCAGGGACCUGCUGGUCCUACUGGACCCCAAGGUGCUCGUGGUGGUGCUGGACCUCCUGGUGCUACUGGUUUCCCUGGACCUGCUGGUAGAGUCGGACCCCCUGGUCCUUCUGGACCCGCUGGACCCCCUGGACCUAUGGGACUUGUUGGCAAAGAUGGAGCAAGAGGAAACCGCGGUGAGACUGGUCCUGCUGGUCGCUCUGGUGAGCCUGGUGCUGUGGGACCCCCAGGAAUUGCUGGAGAGAAGGGAUCUCCUGGUUCUGAUGGAGCCCCUGGUCCCGCUGGUGUUUCUGGACCCCCUGGUAUUGCUGGACAGCGCGGUAUUGUAGGUCUCCCUGGUCAGCGAGGAGAGCGUGGUUUCCCUGGUCUGCCUGGACAAUCUGGUGAGCCUGGAAAGCAGGGACCUCCUGGACUUGUUGGUGAGCGUGGACCCCCUGGACCUGCUGGACCCCCUGGACUGUCUGGUGCUCCCGGAGAGGCCGGUCGUGAGGGAUCUGCUGGUCAUGAGGGUGCUCCUGGUCGUGAUGGAUCUGCUGGAGCCAAGGGAGACCGUGGUGAGAGUGGUAUGCCUGGACCCCCUGGACCCCCAGGUGCUCCUGGAGCCCCUGGAGCUUUCGGCCCCUCUGGCAAAGCUGGUGACCGUGGAGAGAGUGGUCCCGCUGGUCCAGCUGGUCCUGCCGGCCCUGCUGGUGUCCGUGGUGCCGCUGGUCCUGCUGGCGCCAAGGGAGACAGAGGAGAGGCUGGUGAGGCUGGAGAGAGAGGCCACAAGGGACACAGGGGAUUCAGUGGCAUGCCGGGUAUGCCUGGACCUGCUGGAGGACAUGGAGAGAGAGGACCUGCUGGUGCCUCUGGACCUGCUGGACCUAGAGGCCCUGCUGGAUCUAAUGGCUCCCCUGGUAAGGAUGGCAUGAAUGGUAUGCCCGGACCCAUCGGACCCCCUGGACCUCGUGGUCGCAAUGGAGAGAUGGGACCUUCUGGUCCUCCCGGACCUCCUGGUCCUCCUGGUCUUCCUGGACCUCCCGGCAGUGGAUUUGAGUUCAUCGCCCAACCAGCUCAGGAGAAGGCCCCUGAUCCUUUACGCGGUGGUUACUACCGUGCUGAUGACCCCAACGUGAUGCGCGAUCGUGACAUGGAGGUUGACACCACCCUCAAGACCCUGACUCAGAGGGUUGAGAAGAUCCGCAGCCCUGAUGGUACCCAGAAGAGCCCUGCCCGUAUGUGCCGUGACCUGAGGAUGUGCCACUCUGAGUGGAAGCGCGGAAUAUACUGGGUUGAUCCCAACCAGGGUUCUCCUCUGGAUGCCAUCAAGGUCCACUGCAACAUGGAGACCGGUGAGACUUGCAUCUACCCCAGUGUGCCCAGCAUCCCCAUGAAGAACUGGUACCUCAGCCAGAACAUCAGAGAGAAGAAGCAUGUCUGGUUCAGUGAGUCCAUGACCGGUGGAUUCCAGUUCCAGUAUGGCAGCGAUGGAGCUGAUCCCGAGGAUGUCAACAUUCAGAUGACUUUCAUGCGCCUGAUGUCCAACCAGGCCUCUCAGAACAUCACAUACCACUGCAAGAACAGCAUUGCCUACAUGGACUCCGCCACUGGCAACCUGAAGAAGGCCCUGCUUCUCCAGGGCUCCAACGAUGUUGAGAUCAGAGCCGAGGGCAACAGCCGCUUCACAUACAGUGUCAGCGAGGAUGGUUGCACGUCACACACUGGCACAUGGGACAAGACAGUCAUCAGCUACAAGACAUCAAAAACAUCCCGCCUGCCCAUCAUUGACAUUGCUCCUAUGGAUGUUGGUGCACCUGAUCAGGAAUUUGGCAUCGAAUUUGGCCCCGUUUGCUUCUUGUAAAAAUGAAAGAAAUAUGGACAUGACAUUGUUGUUUUUUUUUCUAGCAGUCAUCUCUAAACCCUUUUUCUAUGCAUUCAAAACUCAUUCGGCUGCCAUUGGUCCACAUGCUUAAAACCACUCUGCUGAAGACGGUGUUUGUGUUUGUCAAAUCAUGAGAAGUUUUUGGGACUGAUACUUCAACUGAAACCAACCACAAGGACACUUUAAAAAGAAUCUUUUGUUUCCACUGGCAACAAGAAAAUAAUAUAUACUUGUGUAAAAUUUCCCCAUGGAGAUUGAGAAAAAAAAUCGAUCCACACAUGCAAUGAAACACAGGUGACUUUUGCCAUUUUCUACCACUGCGGAAGGACAUUGAAAACAACAAGUGAUAUGUACCAUUUUUCUGGUGUUAAAUAAAUUGUAAAAAGAGUGAAGUGUCUUCUUGUUCUAAAUUCAUAAAAGAAACACCUGAAUAUUGCUCAGACAAAUGUGACCAGCAAAUGAGCAAGACAAAGAAGCUCACCUUCAUUGCAAUACGUAGAUGGCUACCUCAUUACAAGACGUCACCGAUUUUUUUCUUAAAUGAAAAGGGUAUAUUUUACACGAGUCUAUUGGGGAGGAUUAAAAACAUUCAAAGGUGCUAUUUCCACUUCAGUGAGGUCCAGUUAUUGGUGCUACAAAAUUGACUCACUGUCUUGUUGUCUAUGCAGUGCAAUUGUUUUCUUCUUAAGUGUUGGUUUGAUAACAGAGGUUCUCACUGCAGAUGUAAUGCAUGCAAUCAAGUCUUUGUAGAUAAAAGCAAGUGACUCUGGUUCAAUAUCAUUUCCCUGCCCAUGUGUUCAGUGUUGAUCCUUCUGUCUGUUUGCCCCUGUGGAAAACUCCUCUUCACUAAAGAAACUCAGUACACACCUCUCACCCUGUUGUUUAUGUUGUUCGUUGAUGUAUUUUUUGCGAAGGGUUUCUUAAAAAAAGAAUCUGAAGCAGACCCACUUUCAUGGUUUAAAAGAGAGAUUCUGUACUUAUGUUGUACAUGUAUAAUAAAUUGAGAUGUUUUUAAUUAUUUUGGGUGCUGAAAUAAAGCAUGUGAAGUGGUCUA